AUGGAGAGCAGUAGAAGAUUUGUUAAUCUAAAUGUGUCACGUGAAGUUUUCAAACUUGUAAUAGUAAAUAAUGAGGAGAAUGAUAAUGAACAAAAAAAAUCUUUCAUUGAUGGAUAUAAAACAAGGCCUAUUUCUAUGGAAGGUGUCACAUUGAUUGAUGCAGCCAAAUCAUGGAUAUACAAUCCUAGAAGAAGAGAUAAAUGGGCUGACUUCUGUUUAUCAGAUUUAUUACUCUACAAACCAUUCUGUAACAUUGAAAGAGAUAUUGGUCAUGACAAUGACUCCAUAAAAGCAAAAUGGGAGUCAUUUAAUGAUAAUCCUUGGCAUGUGGAAAGAAUUAUAACUUUACAAAAUGUUGAAGCUACCAGUGAUUUUGAAAAUGAAGAAAAUGGAACUAUUCAACAAAAUACUAUAGAGCAUGAAUGGGAGAUUAUAUCUAGACUUCAUGACAGUCAACAUAUGCAACAUUCUGAAAUAGAUAUGUUGGGAAAAAGGGACAUUGAUAGAAGUGCAGAUUGGUCUAAUGAAUAUCAAGGUGAAGAGUACACAGUUGGAGCAAUCAAUUUUAUAAGCAACAUGAAGGAGCAUGGAUGUCUCAUCUAUGAUGAUAUACCACAAUGCAUCAACUACACAACCCUCAGUGAUAAACAACAAAAGGCAGUCAACAUAAUUAUGACACAUUAUUAUAGCAAUCGAGAAGGGAUGCAUUUGUUCAUGAUAAUUCAAGGAACAACAGGAACAGGAAAAUCAUAUCUGAUUGGUGCCAUUAAUCAAUCUUUUCAAAAUGCAACAAUGCCAUGUCAUUCUCUCCUUCUAUUACUUGCACCAACAGGAGUUGUAGCCUUCAAUAUAGGAGCCUCUAUAGUUCAUUCAAAACUAAAAAUUCCAAUAAGAGAUUUUUCUGAACUAGAAGGAACAAGGCUUACAAGUUUUCAAGAAGAAAUGCCACAUAUCAAAUAUAUUUUGAUUGAUGAAAUGAGCUUCAUUGGUCAAAACAUGUUGGAGAAUACAGAUUCUCGACUUAGACAAGCAUUCCCACAAAGUGCAGACAUGAGCUUUGCAUAUAAAGUAUUCAGACAAGAUGGAGAAAACAUUCAGCAACAAAGGUUUCGUCAACUUUUGACAAAUCUAAGAGAUGCAAACCCAAAAAUUGAUGACUGGAGGUUGCUAAUGAUGAUAACCCCUAUUAGCUUAGAUGUUGCAAGCAACAAUGAUUUUGACAAUGCUGUCCACUUGUUCUCUACAAAUGAAAAUGUUCAUAAUCACAAUAAGAGAAUGCUAUAUUCAUUGAACCAUCCCAUUGCAUGUAGUCUUGCAGCAAGAGCAAGAAGUGUUAAUACAAUAGAGGAUUGUUCAAAUGAUGAACUUGAUCUAGAUUUGUUGAUCAGUAAGAAUUCAAGGGUGAUGCUGAAUUCAAAUCUUUGGAUAAAAGCAGGUCUUGUAAAUUGA